AAUCCUUGCCUCACCGUACCGCAGGGACAAUGUCAGAGCAGGCGCCUGUCCCCAGCUCAGCGGCUGAGAGGCGGCAGAGGUCACAGCUCCUUCCCUGCGGCUUCUUGGGAAGCUGUCCGUCUGCCUGAGGGAGGUUUCCCUGGGGUGAGGAGGCGAGUGCUGGCCCAGAGCUCCCCAUUGAAUGCCGCUGGCCUUCUCCUGCGUCCCUUGAGCGUACGUAGGGUGUGAGCAGGGCUUGUCGUCAAAGGGAAAGCAGUCUCGGAGACGCCCUCUCUACGCCCAGGGAAGCAAUCCAGCUUCGGCUCAAGUAUGCAGUGACCGCUGGUGGCUUUCUGCCUUGGAGACCAGGAGAGAAUGCUCCAAUGGAGAGGAUCCAGAAAUUCAUUUUACAUACUCUCAUCUUAACAGCCUUGCUACCAGGCUUUGGCUUUUGUUAUUCUGUUAUAAGUGGCCCUACUAAUGCAACAGUCCUUGCUGGUUCAGAAGCCCGCUUUAAUUGCACUCUGUCAUCAGGAUGGGUAAUUCUCAUUUGGCUGUCCAAUGGAAAUCCUGUCCUCACUGUCAUCAAUUCUCAAGGGGCUGUUGAAACAUCAGACCGCUUCACUUCUCAAAAUUACACAAGUAGCAAUACGUUUACCUCAGAGCUGAUCAUCCACAACACACAGCUGAGUGACUCUGGAAAAAUUGAAUGCAGCACCCAGAAACCUAAUGAGAGCAGCUUUGCAUUUCUUUCUGUUCAAGUUAAUGGAUCUUUAUUCAUCAAAAAUAGCACUCUAACAGUAACAGAGAACAAAACAGUUGAAAUUGUUUGUGAAGCCUUAGGAUGGGCUCCAGCUCCAGACAUUACUUGGAUGACAAAUGACUCUUUCAUUGAUAAGUCAAGGUAUGUUACCCAGCAAAGUCAAGGAUCUAAUGGCCUCCACAAUGCCCUGAGCAUCCUAACUUUGACUCCGACGGACACUGAGGUUUUGACUUGUUUAGCUGACAUAGAAGCACUCCCUAACCCUCAGAAUGCAACGGUAACUGUUAUUUUUGGCAAUUCUUCAAUAGAAAAUGAUUACAGUGAAGACAGCAGAAGCACAUGGGUUAUUGUACUUGCAGUUGUGCUUUCACUUGUUGGUAUUAUUCUUCUGAUCAUUAUUAUUGUGGUUGUUGUACGCUACUGCUGCCUAAAGAAGAAAGGAGCUACGUAUCAAACUGAAGUAAGAAAAGUUUCAGCUAAGAAGAAAAAUGAUGGUGAUUUGGAAAACAGGCAAAGGCAUGGUAGCGAAAACCAGGGAUACCUUCCAGAGGAACGCUGGAACACUGCACAAAUCCCAAGAGUUACUUCUCUUCCCCCAAUGUCUUCAAAGUUCACUGUCCCUGCUGCAGAUUUACAUACCAGUUCUGCACCAAAGGUGCAGCAUCAAAGACCUACUGAUUAUCCAAUCAACCCAAAGAAAAUUAGGAAUGUGACACUUGUUUAAGAUGUACUUCUCCAGGAAAUUUCUCUAUCAGUCAUGCUUUAUGUGUUUGGAUGGCUUCCUGCAACACAGAAAGGUUAACACCGGUUCUGUCAGUUUAAGCUAUAAGUUAUUUUUCGUCUUUUUCCUCAUGUCAUGAAAUAAAAUCACAACCUUUAUAAUGUAGCAUAUGAUACCUUAGCAAAAUAAUGGACAUAAAUGACAGCCUUAACUUCAGCAACAAUGAAUUUGAUGGGACUCCGCAAGAAAAAGAAUCCAUGCUGUGGGUCCCAAGGAAAUCAGCAAAACUCCUAUCAGACAGAAACAUUGCAUUAUGCACAGCAAAAUCAAGGACUGGAACUGCAAGAGAGCUCAGAAUAAUUGGUUAAUAAUAAUACUGGUUAAUCCAAUAUCUGUUGCCUUUUUUAUGUACUUUAUGUAGAUCUGAUCAUCUCAAGCCAAGUUCAACAAUAUUUUUUUCAAUUUCUGUUCUGUAAUAAAAUCAAGGGAAGUUUUCAUGAGGGCUAAGAAAACUAUCUUUGGAUCAAAAAUGAAUUUGUUUCAUUUCAAUACAUUCUUUUGUUAAAGGUGCUUGUCUUAAAUCUGAUAAUCGAGUGUUAAUAAAAAACAAUCACCUAUGUGCCAAAAAAUUCCUGUUUCGUUUGAAAUGCAAAAAUCUUAAGCUGAAAAAUACAGAUUUAAGACUCCUGACUUCUAAGAGGUGUUGCUUGAGUGCUUAGUGUCUCUGUUCUACUCUGUCGAGUUUGGCAUCCAAACGUCUUGGGUCAGAGCAAAUGGUGGCUGUUGGCAUAGGGUUGAUAACAACCAUGGGAAAUACGCCUUAGCUAGGGAAACGUGUCAGUAGAGCGGAUCUGGCACAUGGAUCCCAUAUAUGCCUUCCCCACCUACUAAUUAUGAUUUCUAGCUGAAAUGUCUUGUCUGAAAUUUUGUAUUAUUUCAUAACAAAAAGUUCAGGCUUAUAACAUUUUUUUUUUUGCAAAAAGGCAAACUUCUUCAGAAAAACAAGGUAUUUUCACUGUGCUCAUCUUUCUAUCCACUUAAAGCAUUCUGAAUUAUUCAGUGUUUUGCAUGUUAAUCUUUUGUAUGAACCAAUGCAGGUGCUCUUUGAGUGCUGAAAGAAGCUGCUAUAUAGAAUUACUUUCAGUGGUAAUCUGUGCAACAAAAGUAAGAAAUUUGAAACCUGGUAUCAGGAAAAAGAAGUUGGUUUGCAUGUUUAGCAUUUCGUAUCCCAUUAAAUGUGACAGAUUUUGAACUGCUAGUUGCAUUUUCAGUCAGUCUGUCAGAACAAAUCCUGAGAUCAAUUCACAGUCUGCCAGGUGCAAUUGUAUACAAAACUGUUUCGAAUUCUGGCCAUCUACAUGCUUUCUGUCUUGUUUGGUUGAGGAGGAGCUUUGAAAUGCAUUCUUACUGAAUGCAAUUGUACCAACAGCAUGGUAUGUAAACAGCUACAGUGUUAUACAGAGAAAAUAUAAGCAAUUUACAUUGUGGAAUCUCUGUUUUUUUCCUUGAAAUAACCAUGGAUUGAGAGAAACCUCUACCUGAUCGUGAUACCAAUAUUGGUAUCGCUGGCAUCUCCUAAUUACUACUGUAGCUUAAUGCAACCUAAACACAAACAAAUAUCCACUUAUUCAUUGCACGAGACAGAUAGGCCCAGUGUAACACCGGCCUGUGAUUUGGGGAGAAAAAUCAUGGACCUUUGGCUUUCUGUACACUUGCAUGGUUAUCAAGCCUUCUGGUUGCCAGAAAAUUAACUCCUCAGUACAAAACUGAAAACUACAUGGAGGCAGUAGUUUCCCAGCAGGAAAUGUUGUUUCAUUAGAGUGUGUUUUGAAAAGGAAUCGAACUAUAGUGUGGUUUAUCUCAAAGCCCUUUAUCUUAAGUUUAGGUUCAAUAUUAUUUGGUA